UGUGGGUGUUCGCGGGGGGGCGUCGCGCGCGUAUAAAAGCGCGGGAUGAGGUCGGUCGUGUGCCGCACUCGCACGAGCAGCAGACACUCGCGUGCCGCUCACCUGACCCGACAUGGACGCGCGCGCGCACGUGCACGACAUCGACAGCAACAGCUGCGACUUCUUCCCGCUGACGGACGACGACGACUCGCGCGCCUCCGCGCCGCCGCCGCCGCCGCCGCAGAAGAAGAAGCGGCGGCGCGGGCGUGCGCGCAGCGCGACCGCCGUGCACGUGGUGAAGAGGAGCCGGCGCCUGAAGGCCAAUGACCGGGAGCGGAACCGGAUGCACAACCUGAACGACGCCCUGGAGGAGCUGCGCGAGGUCCUGCCCGCACUUCCGGACGACAGCAAGCUGACCAAGAUUGAGACCCUGCGUCUGGCCCACAACUACAUCUGGGCCCUGUCCGAGACCCUGCGCAUCGCAGACCUCACCCGGACCCCCGCCGAACCCUGGUUCUCCUGCAGCUCCUCCUCCUCCUCCUCCUCCUCCUCCUCGCCGCCCUCCUCCUCGUCCCCCGCCUACAGCGCCUGCAGCCCGGCCAGCCCGGCCAGCCCGCACCACGACUCGCUCUUCGGCCUGCGUGCCCUGGUCCCGGGAGUCCUCUGACGCACCGGAACCUGCACGACUUUGCCUAACAUGGUCGAAUAACACAAAACUUUGCAGAACAUGGCAGAAAAUAUUACUGAACUUUGUAGAACAUUGCAGAACAUGGCAGAACAUGACAGAAUAUGACAGAACUCUGCAGAACAUCGCAGAAUAUGACAGAACUCUGCAGAACAUGACAGAACUCUGCAGAACAUGACAGAACUCUGCAGAACAUCGCAGAAUAUGACAGAACUCUGCAGAACAUUGCAGAAUAAGACAGACUUUGCAGCACCACUGGACUGAAAGGAACAUCUUCCUUGAGAAGGUGAAAGGUCAACUUUACAAUUAGUUGCUAAAAGAGAGAAGAAAAAAGUGUGAAAUCCACUCGGACUAAAGACUUUCACCACAUUUGAUCUUUAUUUAUUAUUGUUGUUGUUGUUGGCUUGUUAAGAUUAUGAAAUAUUCUAU